GCUCUCGGUGUUCUCGGUGUCGUUGGUGGCGAUGUUCCCGUCAGUGGCAGGAGCCAGGCCGCGGGCAUCCGAAGCCAGCGCCUCGGAACGCAGGAAAUGGGUGGAAGUAUUUAAAGAAUGCGACGAAGACAACAAAGGCUACUUGAGCCGAGAGGACUUUAAGGUUGCUAUUGUAAUGCUGUUUGGAUACAAACCCUCCAAGAUAGAAGCGGAUUCUGUGAUGUCUUCAGUAAAUCCCAACACGUCUGGUAUUUCACUUGAGGGGUUCUUAGAUGUCGUCAAGAGAAAGAAGGAAGCACAGCUCUAUCGGAAUGAGAUAAGGCACAUCUUCACAGCUUUUGACACGCACUAUCGUGGAUUUUUAACUCUAGAAGAUUUCAAAAGGGCAUUUAGUCGAGUGGCUCCCAAGCUACCGGAGAGGACAGUGCUGGAGGUGUUCAGGGAAGCAGAUCAAGACUCAGAUGGUCACGUCAGCUUCCGAGACUUUGAGUAUGCCAUGAACUGUGGACGGGCAGAAUGAAGCCGGAUGCUUGUGGACUCUACUUUUGGCAAUGCUGGGCAGAUCAAUUAAUUGUAAUCUAGUUGAAGGUCACACAGACCUCACUCUUUUAUGGUGCUGUGUACUUGUGAGUAAACUCUUAAUUAUAGUUUUAGAUGCUGAUGUUGAAUCUAGA